CAACAUGGCGCUCAGGUCGCGGUGAAAUUUUACACGUGGUUUUAAAAACGUCUUUGUGUGAAUUGCGCCGUGAUUUUUACUAGGAUUCUCGCGAAGAGAAUGUAGUGCUUAUUCGAUUUUCGUUUGCCGUCGGAAAUCGUUCGCCAAAAUGGGUAUCCAAGGCCUACAAUCGUUCGUUGAAACACAAUGUUCCGGCGAGUCGAUGGAGACCGUAGACUUUAAAGAACUCGCUCAAAACAGCAGUAAAAUGUCGAGUGCUCCUUCUGUUCUUAUCGUCGAUGUUAUGAGCUGUUUGAAGCAUUUCUAUGCGGCCAACAUGGACUGGGUGUGUGGCGGACAAUGGAACGAAGUGCUGAGGAAUGUCGAGGUUUUUGUGAAAGCAUUUCGUCAAUACAAUAUCGAGCCCGUUGUAUUCUUUGAUGGCGAACAAGAGUCAACUAAAAUGCAAAGUUGGAUACAAGAGGAGGAAGAGGGCCGUCAGGUGGUUCGUCAGAUUCUAUCCCAUGUUCGUAAUACGUCGACAUUUCCACCAAAACGACACUUUUUUGCACCGAAAAGCUUACCCACGUGCCUUCGUCUGGCUUUUCGUUGCCGAGAUGUGGUUGUCUGCACCACGAUAGGGGAUGUGCAUAAGGCGAUCGUGAACUAUUGCAAGAAGUACUUGUGUGUGGGCAUACUGGGGCAUCAUUCUGAUUUUCUGUUGCUAAAUGCCUCUUCCUAUUAUUCCUCGUCGCAUUUAAAAAUCGUGAAGAAAACUGGUGUAAACACCGUGAAGUUCAACACUAAUGUCAUAUUCGACGAGCUUGAGCUGGAUCGCACACGGUUGGCGCUGUUUUCAACACUUCUCGGUAACUCUUAUCUACCUGAGGAAUGGCUUGCACAAUUUCACUGGUCCUUGCUUGGCCCCGAUCAUCCACUGGCUAAAUUACAGGCGCAAGUUGGUAAGCAGUUUAUAUUACCUCCAUAUGAUGUGGUUGUCCGAAGUGUGGCUAAGUACGUGAGAGACUUGGUAGAUCCCUGCGAUUUAGACCUGAUCAUGAAGCAAGUUUUCAAUUCUGAGGAGCCUACUGUUGCAGACCUUCAUACACGUCUUCAAAAAUCCAUUCAACAUUAUUCGAAGCUUGAAUCAGAUGAAGCUCUACAAAAUGAUGAAAUAGAUACAGAUAGACUUUACCCAGUUGCACCAAAUGUUGCUCGGUCAGACAUUAUGUUGUCACAAAGCAAUGGAACCAGCGAGUCCAACUAUCAGAAGCGUUGGCAGCACUGGCAACAACAUCAGUACAUGUCAGGUGAUUUGUUAAAGGCAUCAAAUAAGAUAUCCAAUGGCAUUUCACCAUCAAGCUCCGAACCAGAUGUUGAAAAGCUAGUGGCCGAUGUUCAGCAAUUGCAGCUGAAAGAACUGGAUUUGAAGGAAACAGAGGAAACAGAUAAUGUUUUAAGUCCCACUCAAACCUUUUCUGCACCUGGAACACCUAGCACUCCCACCGAGGUUACCCUUCCAGCAACCAACGCUAGCACUCCAGAAACUCCUAAAGCCUUUGAUGCCGCUUCUAGUCCCAUUGUAUUCCCCACCUCUUCCGAUACGUCCAUACCAUCAGUGGCGAUGAACACAACUGUAGAUGUGGAGCCAACAGGAGAGGAUGAUGACUCUGGCUUUCGAAGUAACGAUGUUCAUGAAGAUGAUGAUAGUCAAUCACAAUCACUUUCUGAUUAUUCUGAGUCCGCAAGACCUAUAUCAGCAGCAGCCAAGAUACCCCCCAUCGCAAAAAGGCAAACGUCGCCCAAUAAUGAUAAAAGCGAGAAAUCAAUGUCCGCCUUUUACGCUUUCAUAUCACCGGAAGUUCUUGCAACUGCGAAAAAACGUCACCAGGCUGGUCAAAUGAUGGACAUGGUUUAUCAGGUUCUCUGCAAAGGUGAGAUAAAAAUUGGGACUGCUUUAGAAGACGAGAACACGAAAGGUCGCCUUCCUACACCUCUACUCUACCGAGGUAUACGUCAGCGCGUAUACGGAAUAUUAUUGGACAAAAAGUUGUACGAUUCCGCUGGAGCUGAGCAACCGCGCACUCCACCUCCCUCGAUUCGAGAGUGGUGCAUUUACGGUACGAAAAAACUAGAAAAGCCAGAGAUGGUCGAACCGAUUAGUCUUAAAUGGGACGUACCGGCGUGCAAGCAACUGUGGCUUGGUACCGAGUCAAGCGAUAACACGAAUCGACUCAAAGCUUUCUUAUCGUGUAUGCUGUGUGACUCGUCAAGUAUGACGAAAACGACCAUGGUACCACAAAGAUGUGUUAUACUGUGUUGUAUUUUAAGAUAUCUCAUUCAGAAGCAGGGCAGUCAGUCCAUCCUGUUUGCCGAGGAGUUAGAGGCGUUUUUAGCGCAAGCUCUAUCUCCGCAACUCACUACCGAGUGUAAUGUUACGAACCUUAGUCAAAUCAAAGUGAGCAAGUUGGAUGUGCGCGGUGUCACUUUGGCCACCAUCUUCAUGCGCGGCGUUGAAGCGGCCAUCUUUGCUAACGAUGCGUGUGGUUCACCAAUUCCCUGGGAUCUAGUUUGCCCAUGGAACUAUUUCGACGGUAAACUGUUUCAGAGUAAACUGAAUGUGGCCACCAGCGAGACGGCAACUCUUCUAGAUCUUUGUGAUGGCAAUCACUCUCGCAUGGAAAAACUGGAGCGUAUGAAAUGGUGUAUAAUGGAAGGACUGGGACAAGAAUUUGUGUUGAAUCGUCUACCUUUGAACAGGAAUGCGUCAACAAUGAGUCUUUUACCUUCGCCAUUCUUCGGUAAUGUUCCGCCUCACCUCCGAAGCGCGCCGCCUCUGCCGUAUAGCAACACCAUGAACAAUCACAACAGGUUGCGCGGUCGAGGAAGCAAGAGACCCGUGUCCGGAUUGGGGGGGACGCUACAGGUUGCAGGGGUACCGGUAGCGAAGUUUCAAGGUAACCGAGCUGGUCGCGGUUACAAUCCUAAUCAACAAGUAGUUGUUGGUGGUAGAUCAAGUGUGGAUAUUGGGGAAUAUAAAUCUAGUCUUCGCGGUCGAGGGUCUCGUCAUACCCCUCAAGGCCGCGGUGUUUCCUGGGCACCAGACACAGUCGACAAAGAUUUCGAUCGCACAGCAGGUUAUCGACCGUUGACUGCAAACCAUUCGCCAAACAUGAAUCUUCCGAACGAAUUUAUUGAUCACGCUGGAAAUUUCUCCCCAAAACCGCAACGAAGAAAGAAACGUGGACAGGUGGUGGAUGCAGCUCUCACGCACGCCGGAGAAAUGAAUCCGCCUCCUCUAAUGGCGCCACGUGUGUCGAUGCCGGAUGCCGCUCACAUGUUUGCAAAAUUACCUGCGCAUUUUGGAACCAUGAAUCCAGCACACGGACGAGGAAUGAUGAUGGAACCACCUCCGGGUAACAUGGGCUCACCGAACCUCAACCAUCGGAAAAUACCCAUGGUAAACACGGCUCCCAUGAUGGGGGUGAAUCCCCCGCUACCGAAAUACAACAUGAUGCCGGGUUUAGGCCUCGCAAAUCCAGCAAUUCACGAUAAAGCAAUGAUGGGACGCGGAUGGUGGUGGGAACAGAUGAAACAAUCGCCUCAUCAUACGUAACUACGCGAAAAAUGUUGUGUUCACGUUAGAAUAUCUGGUGUGCACGUGGGAAAUGCGUGCUAUGGGCAUCGAGAGUUCAUGCGUAACGCGUAAAAUGUCCAGAUGUUUGAAUUUUAUUUUCUUCUCGUGUGGAGCACAUGAGUUACCCUGCUGCUUACAUGGCAGAUGCUUCGGGCCCACAUGAAAAUUUAUUGUUUUCUACGUGUAUUUUAGCGUUCUUAUAUAAUAUUUUAGGCGAUGGGAUGUCCUGGCAUGCAGCUCUGUUUUACUGUGGAUGUUGAGUUUUAUAGAGAAAAUUUUGGUGAUGUAUUGAUUGUAAGUCUUCAUGUGGCCAAAUUAUUAUGUUUUGUAGUUUUAUGAUUUAUUAAUACUGUGAAAUAAAUUGUUGUUUAUCCAAA